AUGGCCAACAACAGCUCCAUCACACCCGGCAUUUCUUCAAACGAGCGUGAGGCGUUUCUCUGGUGGUACGGCGUCUCCUGUACCGUAUCCGGCGCUGGCGUCCUGUCCGCCAUUUUACUAAUCUGCGCCCUCCUCCGACACCAACCCCUCCGCGAGGGCGCCCACCUGCUGGUAAUCGGACUGUUGAUUCUGGACACCGUGGCGGCGCUCCCGUCCUGCCUCUUCACCACCACCAUCCUCUCCGCGCAACUCGGCCACGCCCCGCCCCUCCCCUGCGUCCUGGUGCAGUUCCCCCGGCACCUUAUCUUCACCGCGGUCCACUGGAUCGCCACCGCCCUGGCCCUCAACCGCUUCGUGGCCAUCCUCCUCCCCCACCGCUAUCCGAACAUCUCCAGUCGCCGGGCCACCGCCUUUCUGGCGGCGGUGUGCUGCAUUAUCGCUUGUGUGGCCACAGUUCCGUUUGUAACGGACACCCUGGGUUAUUAUGCCUUCAGUCCGGUGAUGGGCUCCUGUGUGCUCAUCCAGUAUCCGCAUCCGCUGGUCCCUCUCCUGUUGUCGCUAAGCGUCACCGUGCCCUUUUGCCUACAGGGCGGACUGUAUUUCUGCGUCCUGGCCAAUAUUUUUCGCUCGUGCCAGAAGCAUGUGCGGGAGACGGCGACGAGGUCACGACAGCGGACGAUCGCCGUGAUGCUGAUGGGGUCCUUCAUUUGGUACAUUGUCUGUUACUGCCCGCUGCCCAUCAUCGCCACGCAUCUGCCGAUGGUGUGGCGCGGCCGGCCGCUGUUAUUCUUCUGGCUCAACUCGCUGACGCACUUCGGCUCAGCCGGAACGCCGGCCAUCUACAUCCUGCUGAGCGGCGAGUACCGGCGCGCUGUGCUGCUGACCGUGCGUGCCGCGCUGUGGAGGCUGAGCGGGGAGCGGCUGUGUGCGACAGCGUCGCAGACUACGCGUUCCACGCAGGCCGCUGCUAACAGUGCCGGUAAAGUGAGCAACACCCGCUAG